AUGAUUUUGGAAAUGGAAAAGUUCAGAUAAAAAAAUGACAUAGACUUAAAUGAAAAUUUAGAAGAUAAAAGUUAUAAUUGCUGGAUGGAUUAGGGUUUUCGCCUAUGCAUUAAAUAAUCUUAGCAGUCACAAGUAACAAUAGUGAUGGAACUCAAAUCGUUUAUAUUAAUAAAAAAGAAGUAACUUUUAAUUAUUCUAUCACUAAAUGUUUUUAUACAAAGAGUUAUAAACAUUUGCAGAGAUGAAAUAAUUAGUUUUGAAAUUGAUUCUCAAUUAUGUAAGCUUUUACUUUAAAUAAUAUAAGCCCCAGCAUUUAUUGGGUGGUUUUAGUGGAUAUAUGACAAAAGAGAAGACUGAAAAAGCUUUAGGCAAAGAAGAAAAUAAGAAAUUGGCCUUGAUUUUAGGUGAUCCUAUGACGAAUAAGUUAACAAGAAAAGAUUUGGAGUAAGUGUAGAUAAUUUUGAUGAGUUUUGAAAUGAGACAAGUGUAAAAUGACAUUAUAAUAAAUAGAAAUCAUUUUAAUUUGAAUUGUUUGUGA